GAUUUGUAGUCAAUGAAAAAUAGACAUUUUUGAAAUGAUGUUGUUCAUCAUACAGUGUGCUGGGUUUCACUGACUUCAAGCUUGGUUCUUUUUACAAGACCUAAGCUAGAUAGCGAUGACAUAAGAAACCGCUGAGGUGCGGUCAUGGAUUUGGGUCAUUUGGGUUAAUUAUUACUACAUCUUCAGCGAUAGCGACCACUUACAAAUGUCACUUUGAACUGCUGACUGCUCUGGAAGUUAGUUAUCGAGGUAUUGACUAAGAGGUUUCCAACUAUAGUAACACAACUGUGUGGUGGGGCAUGAACCCAGCCUUUGUCAGGGGGUGGAGAGAUGGAUAGGUGACACGGGUCGAAGGGUCGAAAGUGAAUGACUGAGACAAGCUACAGCUUGUUCAGAACAGUCCAUGAGGACGUGACACGGAAGAGGCGCUGGCGAGGGCCCUGAGGAGGAAUUAUUGAAUAAAGUCAACAAGAUUUUUGACAAGAUGGAUCCCAAAAUGUCAUUGUCAGUUCCAGUCCGAAUCAGACGUUACUCAGACGUGAUGACACUGCCGGACUCUUUCAUCCAGCGACAGCAGCUGGACGCCAGCAUGGCCGACACCUUCCUGGAGCAUCUCUGCCUGCUGGACAUUGACCAGGAGCCAAUCACAGCACGCAACACCAGCAUCAUCUGUACCAUCGGCCCUGCGUCCAGAUCAGUCCCAAAACUCCAGGAGAUGGUGAAGGCGGGGAUGAACAUUGCCCGUCUGAAUUUCUCUCACGGUUCACAUGAAUAUCAUGCGGAAACCAUCAAGAACAUCAGGGAGGCUGUGGAGACCAUCACCUCUGACCCCCUGUACUAUCGACCCGUUGCCAUCGCCUUGGAUACCAAAGGUCCGGAGAUUCGCACUGGAUUGGUGAAAGGGAAAGUAGAGGAGGAGGUGACGCUGGAAAAGGGCAGCCAUGUGCGAGUGGUGACUGCCGAGAGUGACAAAGACAACACAGAUGGUAGUAUGGUCUGGAUGGACUACCCCCACCUACCCAAGGUCCUGGAGAAGAACAGCAAGAUCUACAUUGAUGACGGCCUUAUCGGACUUAAAGUGGUAGAAAUAGGUCCCGACUGGGUGGACACCGUGGUGGAGUCCGGAGGUGUCCUGUGCAGCCGCAAAGGUGUCAACCUGCCAGGCAGUGACCUGAUUGGACUGCCGGCGGUCAGUGAGCGAGAUGAGGCUGACCUGAGGUUUGGAGUGGCCCAGGGCGUGGACAUGGUGUUUGCCAGCUUCAUCCGCUCGGCCCAGGACGUCAAGGAUGUCCGACGAGCUCUGGGGCCCCACGGUCGCGACAUCAAAGUCGUCAGCAAGGUGGAGAGUCGGCAAGGACUCAAAAAUUUUGAGGAGAUCUUGGCUGAGAGCGACGGAGUGAUGGUUGCUAGGGGCGACCUGGGGAUUGAGAUCCCAGCUGAGAAAGUCUUCAUCGCGCAGAAAAUGAUGAUUGGACGCUGCAACUCCGCGGGCAAACCUGUCAUCUGUGCCACUCAGAUGCUGGAGAGCAUGGUGUCUCACUCGAGGCCCACUAGAGCAGAGGGCAGUGACGUGGCGAAUGCCGUGCUGGACGGAGCGGACUGUGUCAUGUUAUCUGGAGAAACCGCCAAGGGACUGUUUCCUGUCGAGGCGGUGGCUAUGAUGCACUUGAUCUGCAGGGAAGCAGAGGCAGCCAUUUACCACCAGCAGCUGUUUGAGGAGCUGCGUCGCCUGACCCCGCUGUCAUCUGACCCCACAGAGGUCACAGCUAUAGGAGCUGUUGAAUCCUCCUUUAAGUGCUGCGCUGGAGCCAUUAUCGUGCUCACCACAAGUGGCAGGUCGGCUCACCUCCUGUCCAGGUAUCGCCCUCGCUGUCCGAUCAUCGGUGUCACCAGAAGCCCGCAGGUGGCCAGACAAGCGCAGCUGUUACGAGGUGUCUUCCCGGUGCUCUUCCACCCUCUGCCUGCGCCAGUGUGGGCUGACGACGUCGACAACAGGGUCAACUUCGGCAUGGACAUCGGUAAAGCCAGAGGGUUCUUCAAAUCUGGAGACAUGGUGAUCGUGGUGACGGGGUGGAUCCCGGGGUCUGGUCACACCAACAUCAUGAGAGCCGUCAAUGUUCCGUGAAACAUUUUAGACAUUAUUAUACUGUGCUAUUUUUAUGAACAGCAGGACU